GCGAAAGCGCCGCAGCCUGUCAGUCGGUGGCCAACCGUGGUGGCGAACGGUUGUAUUCACCAUGUGCCUGCCGAGCGCGUUCACAGUGAAAGUUCGAUAGAGAAAUGCGGCUUGCGAUCGCCUUUCUGUUUGUGGCGACGUGGCAAUGGUGCGAUGCGUACGACUACGCGUCGGCGUGCGCGCGGCCGCACCGGGCGAGCCGCACGCGCGCCACGCCCCGCGCGCCGCCCGCCCCGCCCUGCGACCUCGCGCGCCACGCCUACUGCGCCACGCCGGGCAGCGGCUACCCCUGGCAUGCCAUACGCCGUUUUGUGAAAGAGAAUCAGGGAUUGAUGAGGAGAAUGUAUGGCGAAGAGCGUCACAUAUCAGUACUGAAGGCUGAACUAGAAAAUUUUAUAGAGGACGACGACGAGGACAGUAGGAAAAAGUCCAGUGAUUUCGAAGAGGAUAUCAUAAAAGCUAAAUUAAUCUACACAAAGAAAAGUCCCGGACGUGCCAUGAGAGACAAACCUCACUUUAGACCGAUACAGACAGAUAAACAUAAGAAAUUUGACAAUGACACUUUAAAAGUGAAACCACUAGAAAACUACACAAAUAACUCAAGAACAAACAGCACUAACAAUAACAACACUACCGAGAUCACAAGCAAUGAAACGAUGAUUGAUGAAAAGGAAGUAUCGUAUAAAACCAAAUUACAAAGUAUAGCUAACAUCGAAAUAAAUAACUUAGAUCAGGACGUGAUAACUUUAGAAGCGGUCAUCAAACAAACUAUAGAAACUAACAGCUUAUAUCCAACAUUUCUAGGAAGUUCAAAGAGUGAACCUCUGAGAGACGAUAGUGACUACAAGAAUAACACUGAUAGGAAUGCAACCACAACAACAGAAUACUCCAUUAAUGCAACAGAAACAACUUACGUGCAGUAUGACGAUACGACAACGGAGUCUGUUAAAGACGGAUGGAAGCCGAUGUCCGACGCGUCCACUCUGCCGCCUACUCUGCUCUUCUCUGAACACGAGAAAGUCAAGAACGACAAAAUGGAUACCAAAGUAACUGAUAAGAAAGAAGAGACAUAUCCAAAGCCGACGCAACCAGAAUCAAUGAGACCGUCGGUGAUUAAAUUAAGAGGAGCCAACGCUUGUGAAUCCAAAGAGGAGAUGGCGGCGCCGUUCUGGGCGAACAGUACUCGCGGUGAGGUGCUGGCGUUGCUCAAUAUGUACCCCUUCGAGCAGUACAUACAUCUGGAGACCUGCGUGCACGAGCGUAAGCAGAUGUACUGCAGGGAGGGCUGCCGUUGCGAACAGCAGUAUCGCUUGCACCGGCUGCUGGCGUACGACCCUCGCAACGAGUGCCGAGGUAUUUUCGCGGACUGGUUCAAGUUCCCGGCAUGCUGCGUGUGCCGCUGCUACGACGUGCCGCUGGAGUUCCGCGCGCGCUCGCCGCGGCUGCUCCGCCCGCAGUACGACGAGCAUGUACGACAGGUCAUUUAUGAAGAUGCAGCUAGAGAUUGGUACUCUAUGGCGUAUGAUGAAGAUGAUGACUUUUACUGAUUGUGACUUUUCUUAACUCUAAGCUGUCAAAACCAUCUAAAGAAACUGGAAGAAACCCACCUGUACAUCUUUAAUUUUGAGAAAAUUCUUUUAAAUUGAAUUACCGUGUAAUAUAAAAUAUUACAUUUUUUGCAGUACUUUACAUUUUUACGCCCAUAAAUUAAUGACAACUUCUAAACAAACUAGUUAUGUAAGACGAAAGUUAAAAUCGACUGUUAUUUAGUGACUAUAUACUAUUAUUUAUUUUUCUAAUGUUAAAACUUUGUAAUUUAAUAACAUAGUUAAUUACC